UUAUUACUUUUUCAAACGAUACGGCAACACCUAAAAUCCCAACGAACGAAUUACCAUUACAUUAAAUAAAAGCAAAUUUUCUGCUAAAAACAAAAAAUUCAAAACACUUUUAAAAACUACAACAUGUUUCCCUUGUACUGUAAUCAAUGUUUUCGUCGUCAAAAAUAUGAAACAUCAUUACAACUCUUCGUUUCACGUUGUGGUCAUAUAAUCUGUAAUAAUUGUGCCCAAGAAAAUUGUUGCAUUUGUGGACGCCCCUUUAAGGCAGUAGCCAUCAAUAAGGAAAUGCCACAAUCAAUGUCAGGAUAUUUUUCCAGUCCUAUGACUCAAUAUCAACACUUUAAGAAAACACUGAAAUUUCAUCAUGAACAACAGCAACGUCUGGUCAUGCAUAUGUGUCGUACGAUUGCCGAAGAAGAUAAAAAAUCAAAAAGUGAGUUAGAAGCUCUGGGCAAAGUAGAUGAUUCAAUUAUGCGUCAAAUUGAACAUGAACGUGAAAGAAUACGUAAAUUACGCGAAUAUAUAGAGUAUCAUGAGAGACGUUUGGAACAGGCUCGUUACAUGUCGCCUCCAAUUUCAUCUCAACCUCGUCCCAGAUAUCCACAAAGGGUACUUGGUAUGGAAGCUGCGAUCACUAAAACGGCUAAUAAAAAUGUUGCUAAGCGUUUUUCACAACCCAUAAGACCGAAUUUAGUUUUUCCCCAAAGUCCCACCGUAAGUGAUACCAAUAAUAGCAGUUCGGUAACUACAGAAGAAACGAAUGUGAUAAAACCGAGCGUUAAAAAGCAAAGAACUCCACCGGCAUUAUUGCCAUUGUCUCAACACAAAAUGUCGGAUACUGAAUUUUCAUUUAAUUUAUUAGAAUAAUAAGACCAAUUAUAGUUUAUCUAUGAUUCAUUGUUUUUUGUUGUUUUUCUGAUUAAACUUAGCUAAUAUAUUACAAAUACAAAAAAAAAUUUUUUUUUUGAGAAAAAAAUA